CCAACCUAUUGUUUAUGAUGUCAGCUGUGGUGUGGAGCUGUGUCCUUUAUUCAGACAAUAAUAUUUAAAUUUAUUAAUUCAAAAUGAUAAUACGAAUAUAUAAUUUACAAUAAUAAAAAUGCCAACAGCUGACCGAUAUCCGUCUUGGGUGGGGUUGGUUUAUAUUUUUAACCUUAUUGUUGGAACAGGUGCGCUAACAUUACCAGCUGCCUUUGCAGGGGCAGGAUGGCUCUUCAGCACGAUCAUGAUUGUUUUUUUGGCAUUUGUCAGUUUUGUGACUGUUACUUUUGUCAUCGAAAGUAUGGCAUGUGCCAAUGCAACAAUUCAGUGGAGGACACUGCAGUCCAAUGAAUCCUUUGAGAGGGAUUGUACACAAGAAGAAUCAGAAGCUGAAGAGCCAGAGCACAGUAACAGUAACGAAGAGACUGCCAUUUUAAAUAAAGUACCUCGAAGAUUGUCGUUAUACAAAAUUGAUACCAAAGUAGAAUUAGGAGAAAUAGCUUCUCUUUACUUAAACAAAUUCCACCACACCUUAUUUUUCUCUUCCUUAUGUGUAUAUCUUUACGGAGAUCUGGCUAUAUAUACUGCCGCGUCAGGCAAGACUUUAGUCAAUUUGAUCUGUAACAACGGGAAUGAAACGGAAGAUUACGAUACGCAGUGUUUAAGUAAUUCGUAUUUGACUAAAAUAGAUAUGUACAGAAUGUUUGUUACCACUUUUGCCCUGUUGGUAGGCCCUUUUGCCUAUUUCAACGUCCAGAAAACAAAAUAUUUACAACUGUUUACCAUUUGUAUAAGAUGGUUGGCGUUUUUUAUUAUGGUUACCUUAGCGAGUAUAAGAUUGUUUAAACUGGGGCCUCAGGGGCAUCCUGCUCUAGUGAACUUGAAAGAAGUACCUGCUUUGGCUGGCAGUACGGUGUACAGCUUCAUGUGUCACCACUCGUUGCCCAGCUUAUUGGUUCCUAUUCAGAAUAAAGACAAAAUAUUUAAGAAGGUUAGCUGCGAUUUCGUAGCAAUAUGUUCAUUUUACUUAUUGUUAGCUCUAACGGGCGCUUUUGCUUUUGCAACCCUAAACGAUCUCUAUUCUUUAAACUUUAUUUACAGUAAUGACUCAGAUCUUUUUAGAAAAAUUAUAGGAUUCUUCUUGGUUAUUUUCCCUCUCUUUCCAAUGUCCACAAGUUUUCCGAUCAUAGCUAUAACUCUACAGGGAAAUUUAAAGAACUUAAUACUAAAUAGAAAUAGGCCACGAGCUACUGUCGUACUAGACCGCCUAAUAUUUCCUACGAUAGCGAUUGCUCCGCCAGUUAUAGUUGCUCUUUGUACGCACAAUAUAAAAUAUUUAGUCGAGAUUACAGGGACGUAUGCGGGGGUAAUAGUACAAUACGUUAUUCCUACGAUCCUUGUGGUUUACGCAAGAAGACAAUGUGUCAAAGACUUCGGGUUUCGCUCUAAUAAGUUCUCCAGUCCCUUUAAACACCGCUUUUGGUAUUUAUUUGUGAUUUCCUGGUCAAUUAUAUGUUUAAUAUUUGUAACUGUCGAUUUUUUGAUAAAUAAAUGAUAUAUAUUUU